AUGACGGACCCGGCCUAUCGCCGACGAGGCUAUGGGCUUGCCCUCUUGCGAAGGGCGUCCGAGAUUGCUGACGGAAUGGGCUACCCCAUGUACCUCGACGCCGAAGAGUACGUUGUCCAGCUGUACAAUCUAGCGGGCUACGUCGCCAAAACGGACCUCGGCCAAACCUCCGCAAUGGUUCCCAUGGUGCGGCCAGUUCAAUCUUGA